AUGUGCGUGACGCCUCUGUCAUGCCUGGUAGUAUCAGAAGUGCAGUGCAGCCUGUUCAAUCAGUCAAAAUGUGUUUUCCAUACCUGCUUGAUGGAGGCGACGAACGUCUUUAGAGUAUGCUAUUCUUGUGACGAUCAACGCGCUUCUCACGACACGCUAUGUUUGACUCUUUUUCAGGACAGCUUGGCCUUGUCUCAAGUGGACUUCAUCAAGAUCGAUGCGGAAGCCAUGGAACUUGAUGUCCUGAAGGGUGCCGGGACUCUCCUGAGAAAGUUCAAGCCCUUGCUCUUCUUGGAAUACCGGAAUCCAAGGCAAACGAAGUCACCGCUCCUCAAGUUCUUGGAGAAAAUCAAGUACGACUGCGUCCUCCUUCGCCUGCCAAUAUUCAAUGAUCGAAACUUCCGGGGUCACCUGGAGGACCUUUGGGCAAGCAAAACGAGCGCCGGUGCAGCCAUGGUGAGCUUCAACCUCUUUUGUAAGAGCCGACGAAAGACAUAUCAGAACCUGGAGGCUGUGUCAGCCCUGUUCACCUCGGCCGUGGACACCGAUGUGGAGGGCCUCAAGACCACCCCAAAAGCGGAUCCCUUCGAGGUCCUGCACAAGCCGAAAAAGCCCAGCGCGCCGCCUCGAGCGAGUUCGUCGCCCCACGCGCGAGUUCGCCAAGCCAUGCGCUUCGAGGAGCUCGCGGCCACCUCGCAAGAGGGAUCAGCGGAUCGACGCGAAGUCGAGAUGAGUCUGGACGAACUAAUGGAAGCUUCAGAGUCUACAAGGGAGAAGACUGGGAAGACAGCCUUCCCAGCUGAACUCACAUUGGAUGAGCUGUGA